UGUGUAAUUUUACCAAAAUAAAUAAAAAGUCAUAUUUUUGCUUCCCCUGUUUUCUCAAUCAAAAUAUUCUGUCUCCAUUCAAAAUCAUUCAGCCCCCAAACUUCUUCACAAUAAUCAUUCAGAGAAAUAUUCUGUUAAAAAUGGAUAUUUUGCCGUCGGUUAAAACCCAGUAUUCAAGAAUCCCUUCGCUAUACAAUCCAUUUGGUUCGAUUAAAUCCAAUAGAAAUUCAAUAUCUCCCAAUAAUAUAUUCCACCCAAAUAUGGUCCAGAGAUUAGUACUGCACACUAGCUACACUGAAAGCGGGUCGGUUACCCAACCGGGUCAAGAUGAUAUACGGGUUUCGGUUGACCUGGUGCCCGUUUCCAGCGAAUCCGACUUCGAUCGGGUCGUCGCCGGCGCCCAACAGCUCGACGAAUCCGUCGUCGUUUUAUGGAUGGCAAGUUGGUGCAGGAAAUGUAUAUAUUUGAAACCGAAACUCGAAAAAUUAGCAGCUGAUUAUUAUCCAAGAAUAAGAUUUUACGCAAUUGAUGUCAAUAAUGUUCCCCAUAAGCUCGUUGUUCGUGCUGGAGUUACUAAGAUGCCUACAAUACAGCUUUGGAAGGAUGGUAACAAACAUGCAGAGGUGAUUGGUGGCCACAAAGCAUAUUUGGUAGUUAGUGAGAUUCGAGAUAUGAUAGAAAAUGAAAAUACCAUGUUAUAAUAAUAAUCAUUUAUUAUUAUUAUUAUUUUUUUUUUUUUUUUCUUAAGAAAAAAUAUAAUGAAAUAAAAGAGUUAGAGUUGGUCAUUUUGUAGUGGAUUAGUGGGAGUUAUUUUGGAUUUUGACCGUCAUGUGAUUUUACCGUUGACCACAUGAUUUAAUUUAUGCAAAUAUAUUUGGUAUUUUGUAGCCAUUUAU